GUUUAAGUUUUUGCGUGUUGUAAACAGAAAAACGAAGAUGAGUUUGAGCAGGUUGAGGUGUUUAGCAAGAUGCGACUUAGUGAAAGCUUGCCCAUCAGUAGCGGUGUUGAAACUGCGAGGACCUUGUUCGGAGUUGAGCACAAGCAGUACGCAAUUCGGUGUUGCUCAACACAACGCGAAACCGGACUGGAAUCGUGCCGUGAGCGAGGCAGAGAAGAUCGUUGGAUACCCUACUUCGUUUUUAAGCCUACGCUGGGUUUUGAGCGACGAAAUCGCAAACGUCGCCUUACAUUUGAGGAAAUUAGUAGGCAGCAAUCAUCCUGUGCUGAAAACUGCUAAGAACCUAAUCUACAAUGGCAAGAACAACAUGCAAGCUUGGGGCCUCAUCGUGCUGCUCAUAUCGAAAGCGGCGGGCCACAGCUCUGAGAUCCCAGAUAUGGAACAGGAUAAGGCUGCUGGAGUGUUGCACAGCCAACGCGCCCUAGCAGAAGUAACAGAAAUGAUCCGCACAUCGCAUCUUGUUCACAAAGGCUUGGUGAACAUGAACUCGCGCCAGCUGUCUAUGGACGUGGACCCUGGAGACAUGCUGUUCGGCAACAAGAUCGCGCUGCUCAGUGGUGACUAUUUGCUGGCUAACGCUUGUUCUGAGCUGGCUAACUUGAGAAACCAAGAGCUGGUAGAGCUGAUGUCGUCGGCAGUGCGUGACCUGGCAGAAGCGGAGUUCCUCGGCGACAGAGACGAGCAGAACAAUCCGCUGCCUACCAUGCCUCUGCCCAAGGAGGAGAGACAAACUGCUUUAGAAUGGGACUGCGUAAUUGAGCCGCUACCACUAACGGGAGUCCUCGGCAGCGCCCGCCGUGAAUGGGCGGCUCGGCAUGUGUUAGCAGCUGGAGCUCUGCUCGGAAAGAGCUGCUCUGGCACUUUGAAGUUAGCUGGGCAUGAUCAACAGCUUCAGAGUCAGGGUUAUCUCUUCGGCUGCCAUCUAGCUCUGGCAUGGCAGGCCUUCCUGGAUUUAGAAGCUUUCACGGGCCCCGAACCAACCAGCUUUUCCCUUGUUGGAGCUCCACUCGCCUUCACGCUCGAAGCGCGCCCUGAACUCUACUCCUACAUUGAAGCUGGACGACGCAGCGUUCAUGAAGUGGACUAUCACGCUCUUUAUAAGGCAGUCCUUGAAGGCGACGGCAUCGAACAAACCAAGCAACUACAGCGGGAACACAUUGCCGCCGCCUGCGAAGUGCUAGAGUCCUUCCCCAACUGCGACGCAAGAACAGCUCUGUUGAAUAUCAUAGUGGCUAUGCACCAUUGAUCGUUUCGUUUAGUUAAACUUUCAGUAUCUCUACCAUGACUUUGCAAUAGACAGGUGUAAAAUAUUUAUAUAGUUCAAUUAUUUUCUUUAUGUCCCUCGGUAAUCUUCGGAUUUUCAAAUGCUACCGAAUACAAAUUUCCAGGUCUAGUAAUUAUUAGAGCUAUCAACUACAAUACAUUGAGUUCGAUGGAACUAACUACUACCCUUAAACUAUUGCCCUUUUUAGUAACAUUUACUUGUUAAGAACUUACCAAACAAGUAAAAUAUCAUAUAUUAAUAUAUAAUCAAAUCAAUCAUUUUAAAUUUUAUAAAUUCUUUUUUUAUAAGUAUAACUAAAUUAACUU